AUGGCCUCAACUUCGACAGCGUUGCCGGUAAGAACAAAGAGAAAGUUGGAGAAUGGGAAAAAGAAACCAAAAACUCCGAAAGACGAGUUCGGUGAAAAGCUGGAUGUCAAGCCAGUGAUUAAACCAGCAGACGAAUACGAUUAUGACUCUUCGGAUGAAGAAGACCUGCGAAAUACAAUCGGAAAUAUUCCAAUUCAAUGGUACGACGAUGAAGAUCAUAUUGGAUAUGAUAAAUUCGGAGAGAAGAUUGCAAAGCCAGCAAAGAAAGGGGAAAUUGAGACGUUUUUAGAGAAAAUGGAAGAUCCAGAUUACUGGAGAAAAGUUUUCGACAAGCAAACUGGAACAGAUGUCAAGCUGACCGAUGAGCAAAUCGAGAAGAUUCAUAAUAUUGCCUCUGGAAAGUAUCCAACAAUCGGCUACAAUCCAUAUGAGCCCUUCCUUGAUAUCUACUCUUCCCAAAAGGAAAUUCAUCCAAUUGAUAAUCGUCCAGAACCCAAAGCUCGUUUCAUUCCAUCUAAGGACGAGAUGCGAAUGGUUUCUCGAAUGGUGCACGCCAUCAAAAUGGGAUGGGCCAAAGGACCAAAAAACAAGAAGGAAGAGCCAAAAGCUUACGAUUUAUGGGCAUCGGAGGAUGCACUGGACAAUGUUACCAAGUCUCAGUUAUCCAGAAUGCGUGUUCAUAUGCCAGCUCCAAAAGUUGCUCUUCCAACUCAUGCGGAGUCUUACAACCCACCAGAGGAAUACUUGUUUGAUGAUGAGGAGCGUAAGAAGUGGGAAGAGGCUGAGAAGGAGGAUCGUGUUCUUAACUUCAUGCCUUCGAAGUAUGACGCUCUUCGCAAAGUUCCACAGUAUGACAAAUUCAUUACUGAGCGAUUCGAGAGGUGUCUUGAUUUGUAUUUGGCGCCUCGCCAAAGAAAAAUGCGAAUCCACGCGGAUCCGACUGAUUUGCUUCCGGAUCUACCGAAUCCAAAUGAUCUUCGUCCGUUCCCAACUACUCUCGCUUUUUACAUGCGCGGUCACACCGGACAAGUUCGAGCUAUCAGCGUUGAGCCAGUACAUGGUGAGCUGUUGGCAAGUGGUGGUGAAGAUGGCACAGUUCGUAUUUGGAUGAUGGCCACGGGCCGCUGCAUCAAAACAUUCCAAAUGGACGGAGAAGUGACUUCAGUGGCAUUCAGCCCAGUUGCUGACAGGACUCUUCUGGCUGUUGCCUAUGAAGGAAAAUACGUGGCGAUUCUGAAUACCGGGUGUGGAGAUAGACUUCACGUACAACAGACAGAGACUCUGCUCGCCGAGACACCAACUGAAUCUCAAGAAGAUGGAGCUAUUGUCACGUGGAGAAAGUCAAAGGACAAGUUGGUUCUUAAGAUGCCUAACGAGGUCCGUCAAGUGACGUGGCACGCCAAAGGAGACUACUUCGCCAGUGUUGCUAUCGACGACAUCGCCAAGUCCGUCUACGUACAUCAAAUGAGCAAAGCAAAAUCUCAGUGUCCAUUCCAGAAGAGAAAGGGACAUGUUCAAGCAGUCACUUUCCAUCCAACACAGGCUCGUCUCUUCGUCGCCACCAAAAUCCACGUCAGAGAGUACGAUCUUGCUCGAUGUGUUCUUGUCAAAAAGCUUAUCACUGGAUGCAAACAUAUCUCUUCGAUGGCUACUGAUGCUAACGGAGAAAACUUGUUCCUUGGAGGUUUGGAUCGUCGUUUCUGCUGGAUGGAUCUUCAAAUGGGUAACAAGCCUUGGAAGAAGCUGAAGCAUCACACAGCUGCUGUCAGAAGUGUGGCUUAUCACAAAAAGUAUCCGUUAUUGGCUACAGUAUCUGAUGAUGGUACUGCGAUGGUUUAUUAUGCAAGAAUCUAUUCUGAUUUCUCGAAGGACAAUGAGCUGUAUCCAGUGAAGAGACUACGAGCUCAUGAGAGAACUUCCAACGACUUGUGUAUGCUUCACACCACGUGGCACCCAACUCAACCAUGGCUCAUCACCACUGGAGCCGAUGGAACUAUCGCACUUUUUACCUAUUAG